AUGUUGGCGAACGGAACGGACGCAGGGAUUACCAAUGGUGAUAGCAUGAGUGGCGGUAACAAAAGUGGCGAUAAUAAGUGUGGCGAUAGUAUGCGCGGCCCGACGGGCGGUACUACUAACAUGGGGGGAGACAUGGCGCCGCCGGAUUUGCUCGAGGAGGAAGAGGGGAUAGCGGAUCCUCCGCUGAGCAUCUACUCCAUACUCACCUUCUCAUGGCUCUCCCCCCUCAUGGCGCAAGGCGUGCGCCAGGUGCUGGGCCCCAGCGACCUCUACCCCCUGCCGUCCGCCUUCUCCGCGCAGCACCUGGGGGCGAAGCUCAGCGCGCUCUGGGCCAAGCGCAAUCCGCCCCCCGGGCAGCAGCAGAGGGGGGAAACGGGCGCGGGGAAAGGCAGGGGCGGGGGAGGGGGAGGGGGAUGGGCGGGGCGGUACUGGGCGGUGAUUAUGUGGCCGUUCAGGUGGCGGCUGACGCUGGUGGCGGUGCUGAUUGUGGCGGAGUCCGCCCAGCGCAUCCUCUCCGCCUUCCUGCUGCGCCAACUGGUUCGAUUCUUACAAGAUGCGCAGGACCCAGAUACAAGCGACCAGGCGUGGAGGGGGUACGUGCUGGCACUGCUGAUGGGGCUGCUGGCGCUGGGCUUCGCUCUGCUGCACCAUCAGAUCUGGAACCUCUCGCAGAUCGUGGGCUGGAACCUGCGAGUGGCCUCUAUGACGCUCAUCAACAGCAAGCUGCUGUCUUUAAAUGGAGGCGCACUGACGCGCAUCACCACAGGCCACUGCAUCACUCUCAUGUCUAAUGAUGUGCGCCGCUUCGACGAGCUCCCCAUGUUCGCGCAGUUCCUAUGGGCAGCCCCUCUGGAGCUGGUGGUGGUGACGACGCUCAUAGUUCUCGAAGUGGGGGCACAGCCUGCGUUUGCUGGCAUUGCUGCCCUCCUCGCCCUCAUUCCCCUGCAGGCCUUGUUCGGGCACUUUUUUGCCAAGCAACGGCGCAGGACAGUGGAGUUUACAGAUGCGCGAGUCAAGAUGACAGGCGAGGUGCUGUCAGGCAUUCUGGCAGUGAAGAUGUUCGCAUGGGAGGCGCCCUUCACGAGCUUCAUUCAGAGGAUCCGCAACAAAGAGCGCAGAAACAUCGAGCUAGCGUCGUACAUAAAGGCGUUCAACGAGGCGUCUUACUUUGCCUCGGCGUCCAUGGUGUCUCUCGUCAUCUUCGCCACCUACACGCUGCAGGGCGGCCACCUGCAGCCCUCCACCGUCUUCUACGUCAUCUCACUCGUGCAGGUGCGAUCAGGUGCAGGUGAGGUGCAGGCAGGGAGUUGA